AUGAUUUCGACGAUGGCAUCUGGUGAUGUGAAGUCGUAUGUUGAGGAGACUGAUAUCACGAUGAUGUAUAGUGUUGUUGAUAUUGCGGGGAGGAAUUGGGUUCUCGAGAGAAUUUUGGGGAAUGCGGCGAGUGCUAUUUCUGGUAUGGCUGGGUAUUAUCUCCAGAAUGCUACGGGAAAUAAGGAUGGUGGUGGAGGGAAGAAAAGGAUUGGUAUAACUAUGUUCGGAGUGACGACGCCCUGCGUUGAUCGGGUUCGUGAAUACUUCGAUGAACAGCACCCAGGAAAAUACGAAAUCUACGUCUUCCAUGCCACCGGUGCUGGCGGAAAGGCUAUGGAGCGUCUCAUCUCUGAGUCCCAGCUCGACGCUAUCAUCGACCUAACGACCACUGAGGUCGCAGAUGAGUUGGUUGGCGGUAUUUUAUCAGCUGGCCCGGGACGAUUGUCCGCUGCUGCUGCGAAGGGGAUCCCGCAGGUUAUCAGUGUAGGAGCAUGUGACAUGGUGAAUUUUGGUACGAAAGAGAGUGUUCCGACGCAAUUCGGGGAUGGUGGGAGGAAGUUGUAUAAGCAUAAUCCCAGCAUUACGCUGAUGAGGACGACAGAGGAAGAAUGCCGUGGGAUUGCAAGGUUUAUUGGAGAGAAGUUGCGUGGUGCAAAGAACUCGAAGAAGGUCCGGUUUGUUUUGCCCACUGGGGGUGUUAGUAUGUUGGAUGUGCCUGGGCAGGCGUUCCAUGAUCCUGAAGCCGAUAAGGUGUUGUUUGAUACGCUUGAGCAAGAGCUUGCUGAGACUCCGAUUGAGAUUCGACGGGAUACCCGCGCCAUUAACGAUCCAGGGUUCGCUGUAGCAGUAGCUGAAUCGCUGCUCGAGUUGAUGCAGCUGCCUUAG